AUGGAUCAGCAGAAUCCGAACUUCGUGCCGCAGACAAUGGAUGGGGAUGGUAAGACGGUCGGUGCGCGGGUGCCCCCAUCGUUCUGCGCAAAGUGUUGGAUGCCGCCGUGCGCUAUCUCGGGGUACGAGACCGGUGAUCCCACCGCGGGCAUGUGUUCAGGCAUGGCCCUGUGGGCUUUCAUCCUCGAGAUUCUCUGCUGCAUGGGUUGCGUCGUGUCCCUGUGCUGCUGGUCGCCAGACCCACAGAACAUCACAGGGGACGGCUCGCAGCGCACCGUGGAGGACAAGUGCAUGGCUGGCUGCUGCGUCGGCUUCCUGGCCAUUGCCUUCUGGGAGAACGGCGACUUCUGCUGCGGGCCCGACGGGUCGUGCACCUGGUGCACCGAGGAGGCGAUGAAGGGCUGCCUGGCUCACUGGAUCCCUGGGCUCGUCGGCCUCCCGCCCCUGGACUGCUGCUACGUCAUGUGCAUGUGGAGUCCCGAGCAGUCGCGCAGGUUCUUCCGCCGCGACCUGAGCAACCACGGGGGCGGGCAGCCUGCCCCAGUGGGCGCCCCCGUGCAGACCGCUGCAGGGAACCUCCCGUACUUCCAGGUGGCCCCUCCGCCCCAGGCCCCGCAGGUCGUGGGCCAGGUGCAGCAGCCGGUGGUGGCCGGCGCGAUCGUCGCUCAGCCAGCAGGGUACGGCGGCCAGGAGUACGGCUCGAACAAGGAGGCGGACGGCACGGCCUGA